AUGCGCUCUGUCCUCCACCUCCCCCGCUCCUUCCUCCUCACCCGCACCGCCGCCCCCUCCGCCGCCACUACCCGCGUAACCCUCUCCGUCUCGCGCCGCCGCUCCUUCACCCGCAGCCUCGCAACCCCCUCCACAAGCGGCUACGGCGAUGCCGACCAGACCGGUGAGUCCGCCCACCCCGAACGCGCCGGCUCUCGCCCCCGCAUCGACACCGAGCACCCCGGUCGCGAGCCCGUAGACGGAGGCAAGGGCACCGGCAGCGGCGGCACCGCCGAGACCGGCAGCAGCAGCAAGCACAGCACCAAAUCCUAUGGAAAGGGCUACGGCGAGGCGACUAGCGAUACAUCGCACGGAAAGGGCUGGUCCGAAUAUGAUGACGACCGGGCGGAGGGGGACAGCGCCGAGGUGCAGCAGCAUAACCGCGAGAUGGACAAGCGCUAUGACCAUAAAAAGACAGGACCUGACGAGAAGGUUGGGAAGGGCUUCUGGAAUGGUGAGUGA